AUGACAAACAUUGCAUAUGUUAGUAAAAUUCGUAUCAAUGCAAUUUUCAUUCAUGAAUUCAAAAUCAGUUCCAAAUUAGAAGCUCAGAUCAUCAGUAAUCAGACUUUAAAUGAGAGAAAGAAAGAUGAAGAAGAAGUGGAGGAGAAGAUUCAAAUCAUUGGACAACAAAAAUACCAACAAGAACUACUUAAAGCGAUAAAACACUCGACUACAAUGACGAGUUAUGUUUUCUCUCAAAGCAGCGUGAUUUUUGCUACCAAUUCUUCCUUGUCUUAG